AUGUUGAGAUCAACAGCCGCCACUUUACGUCAAUCUUUGACUCUUUCCAGGAGUUUACAAUCCUCGUCUACAAUCGCCCGUUCAUAUUCAUCAUUCAAAGUACUUAAAUUCGGUGUUGAAGGAAGAGCCGCAUUAUUAAAAGGUGUAGAAACUUUAGCAGAUGCAGUUUCUACUACUCUUGGUCCAAAGGGUAGAAAUGUCCUAAUUGAACAACCAUUCGGCGCUCCAAAGAUCACUAAGGAUGGUGUUACCGUUGCUAAAUCUAUUGUCUUGGAAGAUAAAUUCGAAAAUAUGGGUGCUAAAUUGUUGCAAGAAGUCGCUUCAAAGACUAAUGAAGCUGCUGGUGAUGGUACUACUUCUGCCACUGUCUUAGGUAGAGCUAUAUUUAGCGAAUCUGUCAAGAAUGUCGCUGCAGGUUGUAAUCCAAUGGAUUUAAGGAAAGGUUCUCAAUUAGCUGUCGAGAAAGUUAUCAAAUACUUGAGUGAAAAGAAGAAAGAAAUUACUACUUCUGAAGAAAUUGCUCAAGUGGCAACUAUUUCAGCUAAUGGUGAUGUUCAUGUUGGGAAAUUAUUAGCUUCCGCUAUGGAAAAAGUUGGGAAAGAAGGUGUUAUUACUAUUAGAGAAGGUAGAACCAUGGAAGAUGAAUUGGAGGUCACUGAAGGUAUGAGAUUCGAUCGUGGGUUUAUCUCUCCUUAUUUCAUUACUGAUGCUAAAUCAGGUAAAGUCGAAUUUGAAAAACCUUUGUUAUUAUUAAGUGAAAAGAAGUUAUCAUCUAUUCAAGAUAUUUUACCAGCCUUAGAAUUAUCUAACCAGAGUAGAAGACCAUUAUUGAUUAUUGCUGAAGAUAUUGAUGGUGAAGCUCUUGCUGCCUGUAUUUUAAACAAAUUGAGAGGUCAAGUUAAAGUAUGUGCUGUCAAGGCUCCAGGUUUCGGUGACAACAGAAAGAAUGUUCUUGGUGAUAUUGCUAUUUUAACUGGUAGUACAGUUUUCACUGAGGAAUUGGAUUUGAAACCUGACCAAUGUACCAUUGAACAUUUAGGUUCAUGUGAUUCUAUUACCAUUACAAAGGAAGACACUGUUAUUCUAAAUGGUAAUGGUUCCAAGGAAAAUAUUCAAGAAAGAAUUGAACAAAUUAAAAAUUCCAUUGAUAUUACCACGACAAACUCAUAUGAAAAGGAAAAAUUACAAGAACGUUUAGCUAAAUUAUCUGGUGGUGUUGCUGUCAUCAGAGUCGGUGGUUCUUCCGAAGUUGAAGUUGGUGAAAAGAAAGAUCGUUACGACGAUGCAUUAAACGCUACCAGAGCUGCUGUUGAAGAAGGUAUCUUACCAGGUGGUGGUACUGCAUUAGUUAAGGCUUCAAGAAUUUUAGAUGAUAUUGAAGUUGAAAACUUUGAUCAAAAAUUGGGUGUUGAUAUUAUUAGAAAGGCCAUUACAAGACCAGCUAAACAAAUUAUUGAAAAUGCCGGUGAAGAAGGAUCUGUGAUUGUUGGUAAAUUAACCGAUGAGUAUGGUGAAGAUUUUGCCAAGGGUUAUGAUGCUGCGAAGGGUGAAUAUACUGAUAUGUUAGCUUCUGGUAUCAUUGAUCCAUUUAAGGUUGUUAGAUCUGGUUUAGUCGAUGCUUCCGGUGUCGCUUCUUUAUUGGCUACCACUGAAGUGGCUAUUGUUGAUGCUCCUGAACCUCCAGCUCCAGCUGGUGGUAUGCCAGGUGGAAUGCCAGGUGGAAUGCCUGGUAUGAUGUAA